AUGUCUGGAACCGCUUCAAGUCGGCCGACAAUGUCUGUCAUUCUGCAUUCCUCAGGGCCACAAGCAAAUUUCAAGAAAGGUCCCCACUGGUACCAUGAAAGCCCGUUCUUGCCAUAUUGUUGGGAGGACCGUCAAGAGCCCGGAGCCCCUUCCCUGAAGCACACGGCCAGGCAAAAGGCACUCGAAGACCAGUCGGAAUUGAGACUGGAAAUGUUUGACAAUAUUCCCUGGCCUAUUGCGCUGGAACUAUGGGAGUACUUGGGUCAUUGCAAGAAACAAACAUUAUUUAUGUGGAAGAUCAUGGCUGCAUCUUACCCCCGCGAAUUUCACACUGUCAGCUCAUACUACUGUCUAUGGACUAACCGACCAAUGGAGCCCUUGAAGGGAUAUGUCGAUAUCAUGAGCAGUGCAAAUUGCGAUUGGCGUGCGGUUCUCUCCCUUUCAUCCGGUUAUGCUACGGCGGAAGACCUCCUCGCAAUCGGCAAUAUGAAGAAUCUGGUGGCUCUAGACAUUUUCAGGACUCCAUGGAAACUACACAAAUACGCCCCCGAUAUAACACCUCGAGCCUCGAACGAACUGGAGAACGGUGUCAUUCGCACCUGGGUUGAUUUGGCAGAGUCAACCGGAUCACUGCAGCAUUUACGUGUCUUACGUCUUUAUCACCAGGGUAUGAUAACGCCCACGGCACUGCAGCUUUUAGGAAAACUUCCAAAUCUGCAACUCAUCAUUGUCUACCAAUGCGAGUAUUUUACUCAGGGCUUUCGUUGCGAAAAGAGACCAUCCUCAGGCAAAAUUGAGAUGGAAGGAUGGAAUGUUCUCAGGCUUGAUUGGGCUUUGAAGGAUGCCACUGAAGAUGGGCAAGCUUUCCAGCAUUUGGGUCCGUUGUUGGAUGUUUACCGGGGUACACUUAAGACACAGCCCAAUUCCAGUAGUGUCGAAGAUCCACCCAGUCCUCCUACCCUAGGGGCCGAUGUGCCGAUUAUGGAGUUUGGCCUACCGGCAAUGGAUCAUAGCGACACGAUGAAGAUCGAGGUUCGUGCACAGUACUCGGGAAAAUCAAUUGGAAUCCUCACUCGGGUGCCCAUUUCGACCAGAAAGCGACCAUUGCCGUUGCCAGCGGAGUCAAAAAAGAAUGGGAAAAGGGUCAUGAAAGACAGAGGUGCUAGAGACAUGACGGAUUUGCUGAAAGACUUCCUCUGA